AUGCAAAAUGACGAAAAAGAGAAUAAAGAAGAAAAUCAACUCGAAGUCAUCAACGAAAAAUGGAAGAGAAAACUGAAAAAUGUCGAGAGAAUUCACGCAAAAGCUCUUCAAAAUUCAGUUAAAGUUAAUGAAGAAAAAUCAAAACAGAUUCAAGCCCUUGAGAGACAACUGGCCGAGUGGGAAGAAAAAUCGGCCGACAGUUUAGUUUCAAACUGGAAGAACAAAGUUGCCGAACUCGAGAAACGGGUCGAAGAAGAGCGGAAAUACGCGCAUGAAGCGGAAGAUUUACUGACAGAGGCGCUGCAAUCUAAGCAAAACGAAAAGCGUUUUUUCGCGGAAGAACUCGAAGCAAAAAACUCACAAAUCGCCGAAUACUCAAAAAUUCUCUCGGAAAUGUCGGAUCUUGAAACGAUGAAGGCAGAGCUUGACACGGCCCGGAGCGAGUUCGCCGAGCGAGAAGCGAAUUUCAACCGACAGAAGGAAAAGGCGAAACAGAUUAUGAAGGCGCAGCAGGUCAAAGUUAAGCAACUACAGUCGGAAUUGGAGAAACUGCAGGCAGAAUCUAAGGGGAAGAAAGAAGAGUCAGAAGAAGUAGGAAAAUUGAAGGAGGAGAAGGAACAGCUGGUGAAGACGCUAGAAGCAAGAGAAGGGCAAUUGGAGGCUCUUCAGGGAAGAUUGUCGGAAAUCGAACAAGAAAAUGAAAUCAUGGGCGACCGCGACGACAAAAUCCUCCAGCUCCGCGACGAACUAGCUGCCCGAGAAGACCAACUCUUAGCGCUCAAAACACACAUGACCGAAGUCCAAAGUAACUCUUCUUCUCUUUCCGAAGAACUGGAUCAGCUAAAACUCACCUGCUCAGAAUUGGAGAAGAAAGUCACAGAAAGAACUGAAGAAAAUGAAAAUCUAAUGCGAACCGUUGAAGAGCUCAAAAACAUGCUAAGAGAGGAAGAAUCGACAGCCCGAGAGGUUUUGGCGGAAAAAGGCGAAAUCAUGAUCGCGUUGGCUGAAAAAGACGACGCUCUUUCCGCAGCGGAAACUCAACUCUCAACGCUCAAAGAAACGAUGGUUUUGUUCGACAAGAUCAAGCUGGAAAACGCCGAAAUGACCGAGACGCUUCGAAUUGCAAAUGAAGCGAAGGAAUCGACAGAAUCAAAGCUCUCUUCUUAUGUUGAAAAAAUCGAGGGAUUGGAAACAGAAAACGCUGAAAUCCCCGAACUCAAAAGAUUGAUUUCUCAACUACAGUCGAAUCUCGCAGAGAAAGAAAACGCAGAAGAAAGCGGAAACGCGAGUAAUGAAAUGAUUUCACAGCUUCAAAAUGAAAUUCGAUCGAUUGAAAAGAGUAGAAAUGCGCUAAAGGAAGAAAUCGCUGCUGCGGAUUCUGAAAUUUCUGAUCUGAGAAACCAACUAAAAACCGCUCAAACUGUGCCAAAACAAAAAGGAAAGAACAAAAACGAAGAAAAUCUUAAGAAAAAACUCGACCAGUCGAAGAAACUCAUCGAAAAACUCCGUGCCGAGCUGAAAUCAAACACUGAAAACGUCGACCGACUCAAUUCUGAGCUAAGAGAACAGUCUGAAAUCGCCCAAGAAGCUAUUCUAGUCAAGGAGAAGCUCGAAGCAACUGAAGAAGAGAUCAAAUCACUCGUUGCAGCUUUCGAUCAAGAAAAAGAAAUCCUCAGAGAAGAGCUUCUUGGAACUCAGGAAGAAUCUGCUUCGAGACUCGCUGAAAUCGGAAAAUUGAAAGAUCGUCUUUCCGCCAACGAAUCGGACGUUGGGCAAGCUCAUAAAUCGCUGGAAAAAGAACUCAACGAGGCGAAAAAGAAGCUGAAGAAUCAGGAAAAGCGGGCGAGCUCGCUUGCUGCGGAGUUAAAUACGACUGCAGCGCAACUUGAAAAGACGGAAAAGUCGACAAAGACGGCGAAGGAAAAUCUCAAAUCUUCAGCAAAAGAUCUCCAGUCAACCAAAGAAAGUCUCAAGCAAAAAUAUGAGGAAUCAGAACAGCUGGAGAAAGAGUUGAGCGAAGCUAGGGGUCAGCUUGAAGCGCUUGAGAUCCAGAACAAAUUGUCGCUAGACUCGUUACAGAAAGAAAUUAGCGAAGAAAGAAGGCUUUUCAGUCAAGAAAAAGAGGAACUCUUAACUUCUUUAUCAUCUGCUCAAGCUGAAAUCGACGCGCUCAACUCCCAGAACAACGAAUCUUCAAACUCACUUUCCGAAGAACUUCUCGCUGCUCAAAAUCAACUAACCUCACUCACAUCCCUUCGAGAAGCCGAUCAAGACCGAAUUCAAGCGUUAGAACAAAGCUUAAACGAUGCCCAAGAAGCCCAAGUCGCCGCGUCUCAAGAUUCAAGCGCUUUGCAUGAGCAAUUGAAAGAUGCUCUGGAGCGAUUCGAAGCGGAGAAAUCAAAGUUCAAUUCGGCUUCUGGCGAAAAUACUCAGCUCAAGUUGGAAUUGAGCGAAACAUCAGCUCAACUUCAGGCUUCACUGGACGAAAAAACAAGCAUUUACAGUCAGCUACAGGAGACACAAAGCAUUCUGGAGAAGUCGCAAGAAGAAUUGAACGUCCUGGAGACGGAAAAGAUCAAUUUCUUGGAAGAAAUCAAUCAUUUGCGCGAGCAAAACGAGGAAUUGACAGUUUCGUCAAAAGAAUCAGGAUCCAAAAAGACUGAAGAAAUCGACUCGCUCACCAAAAAGCUCGAAAACAUGAAGCUCAAGGGCAAGAAACUUUUCGCCGAAAAGAAGAUCCUCGACGAAAACCUCAAAAAAGCCGAAGCAAAGCUCAGUGAAUCCGAAUCUGCUGCUCAAGCCGCCCAUGAAUUGAUAGAUCAGCUGAAAGAAUCGAGCUCGGCGCUUAUGGGCGAGAAGGAAUUGCUGAGCGCGGAGAAUGAACAACUCAAGUGCGAGAUCCAAGCGCAGAGCGGAAAAUUGAGCGAAAUGGCCGAACUAGAAGGGAAACUCCAGCUCUCAUCAAGCGAAUGUUCUUCUCUUACCGAGCAACUUUCCUUGACAGCGGAGAAACUGACUGUCGCGCAAGAUCUUGUCAAAUCUUCUGAAACCGAGAUCAUCGAACUCAAUCUAAAAUGCAAGGAUUUGGAAAACAUCACGAUUCCUCUUCGAGAAGCGCUUGAAUCGACUGAAAAGAAAAACGAGUCGCUAGAAGAAAAACUGAUCAAUCUCGAGUCCAGUUCGAAGAACAUCGUGGAAGAGCGAGAUCAGCUUACGGAGCGAUCAGCGGCGCUCGAAUGCUCGCUUCAGAAAAUGCAAUCGGCUGUCUUGGCGGAUAAACAGAAGCUGGCGAAGCUUCAGAAAAAGUUGAAAUCUCUAGAAUCAUCAGGCGAAAACGGAUCGCAGGAAGUCAAGAAACUCGCCGAGGCAAAUGAAGAACUGAAAUCGAAGCUAGAUGCACUAGAAAAUGUCGAAAAAGAGUACGAAAACCAGGCUCACAAGGCAAAAGAACUCGCGGAUAAACUGAGCGAGGCGGAAAAGCAGGGAUCUGAAGCGCAAGCGAAGAUUCAAGCGCUUGAAAAUGACCUAAGCCUUAUGAACGAAGCAGUCUCCCUCCAACGCGACGAAAUCCGCCGCAACUCCGUUGUCACCGAAGAGCAACUGGCCCAACUCAAGCUGGUCGGAAAAAGCAAAGAGCUUGAGAACGAGGUCGUAACCCUCACCGAAGCCAAUAAAAAGCUUCAAGAACAAAUCGCCCUUCUUGAGAGCCAGAAAGACAACCGCACAGAAACGCAGUCCAUAGCGAGCAUGUCGAUCGCGUCAGAAAAAUCGAACCUGGCGGAUCUUGAAAAUGACGAAUUGAAAGCAAAAUUGACGAAAAUGCAGAGCGACAAGGAAACUUACACGAGAAAAUUGAAAGCCGCCCUCUUGAGCCGCAAAGAACUGAUUGCUUCCGAAAAGAUUCUCAAAGCUCAAAACGAAGAUUUGAGAAAAGAUCUUGAUGAAAAACGCGAAAUCCUCGGUCAGAAAGAAAAGAUCGAACAAGAACAUCUGGACAAGAUCGAAAUUCUCAACAAAAACAUCGAAAAUUUGACAAAAGCGAACGCCGAUUCUAGCGCAAAUGCUUCAAGAUCAAAUGACAGCUUGCUGGAUCAACUGAAAGCGAUGAAACAACAACUGACAGAAAGAGAAAUUGAUGUUCAAACCAUCCAAAGAGCACUGGAGCAACAAGAAGCUGAUAAUGUAAGGAUUCAAGGGGAAGUUAACGGCUUACAGUCGGAGAACGAUACGCUAGACACUUGCCAAAAAGACCUGACAGAGAUGGUUAAAAAGCUGGAAGACCAAAAAAUGUCCUUGGAAACAGCACUCGCUGAAAAAUCCGAGCUUCUUUCAAAUCUUGAAAAUCGAGCAGACACUGGCACGGAACAGCUGCUAGCGAUUCAGGAAGAAGCUGAUGAAUUAAGAACCAAGGCGAAUAUGACGGAGGAAUUGCAGGCUUUGAAUUACGAUCUGAAGAAAGCUGCCGAAAAAGCUGAAGCCGAGCUUUUAGUCGCGAAUGCGGAAUUAAAAGAAGCUCAAAACGCCAAGAAUCUCUUCGAAGAAGAGCUCAAACAUGCUACAGAUCUAUCCUCAUCCCUUGGCCAAGAAAAACAAUCCCUACAAGAAGAAGUUGCCGUCCUUCAUGCCCGAACAAAGGAGCUUCAAGAAAGCUUGAUCAAUGCAGGAAAAGCGCUUGACGAUUCGAUCCAAGAAAAAGACGAGCUUGAGCGCAACUUUCACGCUCAACUUCGGGAAGGCGAAAUGAAGCUGGAGAAGGAGCGACAGCAGUUCGAAAAUGAAAUGUCGAACACGAGGCAACAGACAGAAUUGCUUCAGCAAAGCUCUGAAGCUGCUCUUUUUAAGCUUCAAGGAGAGAGACAACAAAUCAGUUCCGUCCGUGAUCAACUUGUUGAGCAAAAAGGACUGGUAGAAAAAUACAAGAAUGAAAUUCAAAGCUGGAAGACGAAGUUUGAAGAUCAAUUUGGCGACAAAACUAGUUUGGAGAAGAAAAUCGUAGAGUUGAAUCAGAAGAUUCAGACUUUGGAAGAAGAUAUCGACCAGAUUGGAAUUGACCGGGAUAUGUGGAAGAAUAAGAGCAAGGAGUUGAAUCAAGUUCAUGCUGAUAAGCUCGCGCUCCAACAAGAGCUCUCCGGAAUGAUGAACCGUCUGCGCGACGCAUCCGGCCUAGCCGAGCAAAAAGAAUCCGAAGUCGAAAAGCUGAAACUUAAAUACGGUGAGUUGCGCCAGGCACUCGAUAUGGCCGAGAAGGAGCGCCAGUUCGAUCUCAAAGAACGGGAAGCGCUGGUUUAUAGGGCGGAAGCUCUCCAGCGCGAAUUUGAUCAUACGAAUAAGUUGCUGCAGAACGAAAAGUCGAGCAAAGUAAGCGUCGAGGACGAGCUCGCCAGGCUCCGAAAAUCGGCGCAGACCGACUUGGACAAGGCUCAAGAGACCAACGCUCUGAAAGUCAAAGAACUACAGUUAGAAAUCGAAAAUCUGCAGCAACUGAAACCUGAACAGCUCAAGGCAUCGCUCGAAAGAGCGGAGCGGGAAUUGGAAUCAACCAGAACUUCUUCUGAGGAAAUUGUCGAAAAACUCCGCUCAGAAAUCGCCUCUUACAAAUCAUCAAACUCCACUCAAAUCGAGUCCCUCACCUCCCAACUUGAAGAAGUCUCCACUCAACUCUCUGCCUCCGCCGCUCAAAAAUCCGUGCUCGAAUCCGAGCUUGCCGAAAAAAGUGCCGAGUUCCGCUCAAAACUCGAGCGAUAUCAAGAAGCAAUGGUUGAGCUCGAGCGAUCCCUCCGCGAGCGAGAAGCUUCAAACAGCUCAAACUCGGCCGAAUUGAGCGAAACAAAGACGAAACUCGAGCGCAGCGAAAGAGAACUUUCCGAAGCUCGUUCUCAACUCGACGAACUUCGCAGCUCAAUUCUCGAAUCUCGCCGCGCUUCCGCUUCUGAACUCGACAAAAUCCAGACCGAACUUGUGAAUGAAAACAAAAACUAUAGAGCUCAACUUUCAGCAGCUCAAUCUGAGCUUUCAUCCGCUCAGAGUGAGAUUGAGCGAUUGAAUGCUAAUCUAUCACGAGUUCGAGAACAACUUGAUCGUCAAAGCACUGAAUCUGCUAGCAGAGAGGAUGCGCAAAUGGCAUCGAGCUCACAAUUGAAGGAUCAGAUGACAAAGAUGCAGGAACGAUUGAACAUGGUCGAACUCGAGAAAAACUCAGCUGCUUCGGAACUCACUUCCAUUCGCUCAAACCACGACGAGCUUGAACGAGAGCUAAACAAGCUCAAUUCUAGCAAUCGAACUCUCACUCUCGAGCGAGAACAACUCUCAAGCGAAUUGGCAGAAAGCAAGCGAGAGCGGGAAAAGCUCGAGGAAAAGUACAACGAGCUCAUGAUCAAAAAAGAAGAACCAGAAGUUGAUACGUCGAAAAUUGUCGACGAAGAUGGUGAUCCAGCGAUGGUGAAGGCGAUGAAGAAUGAAUUGGCGGUGCUCAGGGAGAAGAACAGGAUUUUGGAGCAGAAAUAUAAACUCAACAGGAGAAUUUCUCCAAGAGUUCAAAUCAAGGCUGGCAAAACGAUCGAGCCCCCAGAAAUGGCGCCAGAAUCUACCUACACUUCCAGCUUCGUCCAAGAUUCCGAAACGAACCAACCAAGCUCUAGCGCUCAGCUAAGCGUUCUUCGCCACGAGCUGCGCCAGCGAGAAGAGCUCAUUUCCCGCCUUGUAGACGACAUCAGCAAUAUGAAGUCGACGCUGAAAAACAAAGACGACGAAAUGUCGACAAAAUUUAAGAAGUUCGCUGAGCGCGCGGAAGAGUAUUCGGCGAAUUUGGUGAUGGUGGCGCAGCUUCAAAAGUCGGAAAGGAAGUUGAAGAAAGAUCUGAAGAAGGCGGAGAAGAGGGCGCUGGGAACAUAUGACGGCGAUGAUGAAUUGAAGGAAAUGCUGAAGCAAAAAAUCGACGAAAUCAGCGCCCUGAAGUCUUCUCAUCAAGAAGAGAUCAAAAAGCUUAAAUAUCGCCGGAAAUCCCGCCGUUCUCGUCGCUCUAAAGAACCUUCUGAACACCCAAACUCCACGCUUUCUUCUGAAAUCAACGAAAAUGCCAAUCUUCUCCCUUCGCCAAAAAUCGAUGCUAAAGAAACAGCGGCGGAGGAAAAUCCAGACGAUUAUGUGACUUGUUCAAUGAUGUAA